CUAUUUGCUGUUAACGUACAUUAUUUGAAAGUAUCAUUCUAUCAUGUCCAAAGACAGCUGUUUUGUGCGAUUCUUGGCGUUCACUAACACUGAAUUAUUCGCGUCGUUUUCAUUGAGUGGCGCGUAAAUUGGCAAUUUGUUUAAAGAGGCUUUAUUAAACACAUAAAAAAGUAAGAAUGGAAGGAAAAUCAAUUGUGAGCAGACAAGAGCCGGUGCUGCAUCUAGAUACAAAUGCACGUCGCAAUUUCAUAAAAUUCCACAACAAGCUGGGCGAGAAACCUAACUCGACGGUGCGUUUUUUUGAUCAAACCGAUUGCUACACUGUUCAUGGCAACGGUGACUGCGAACAAGUGGCUAAAAUUGUUUAUAAAUCUACCGCCUAUGUGCACUUGUUGCUGCCCGAUGACAAGAAGGAAACGCUGCAGUAUGUGGCCAUGUCCAAGUCCAACUUUGACCUCGCCGUGCGUGAGCUGCUUUUGGUGCGCAAUCUACGUGUUGAAGUGUAUGUGAAACGUUCUUCCGAUUGGCAUCUGGAGUAUAGUGGUUCACCCGGCAAUCUGCUUCAGUUCGAGGAUAUUUUGUUUUCCAACAAAGAGGUGCUGGUGGGAAAUAGCAUCAUUGCGCUGCAGCUUAAAGUGGAAGCUGGCACACAGAGGCGUGUGGGCGUGGCUGCCGUGGAGCAAAAUGAUUGCACCUUUCAGCUGCUCGAAUUCGUGGAUGAUGAUUUCUUUACGGAACUGGAGGCCACUGUGGUGCUAUUGGGACCCAAGGAAUGUCUGUUGCCCUCGGCUGAGGGCGAAUAUGCGGCUGUCAAAGCACUCUUGGAACGCAAUGGCGUCAUGAUCACUGUGCCCAAAAAGGAAAGCGUUGCAAAUCGCAAUGAUCUGUUACAAGACUUGAAUCGUUUGUUGCGUUUUGCCAAGGGACAGCAGGAGGAUGCCAACGGACUUAAGGAGCUACAGUUGCAGCUAGCUUCAGAGGCCUUACGAGUGGCAAUUAAAUACUUGGACUUGGUCAAUGAUGCGGGCAACUUGGGACACUAUGAACUAAAGCAGUUGGAUCUUAAGCGCUUUGUACACCUGGACGCAACUGCAGUGGCUGCUCUGAACAUUAUGCCCAAACCAGGCACGCAUCCAUCGAUGCCCUCGUAUCGUUGGCAAAGCAUUCUGGGUGUCCUUGAUCAUUGUCGCACGCCGCAAGGACAUCGUCUCAUGGCACAGUGGGUGAAGCAGCCUCUGCGCAGUUGUGAGAUUCUCAAUGAUCGCCACAACAUUGUGCAAUGCUUGCUGGAGUCUCCACAUACGCUGGACAUGCUUAGUCUGGAUUAUUUGAAGCGCAUACCAGAUAUUCUGAUGCUCACCAAGAAGCUAAUGCGUCGCAAGGCCACAUUACAGGAUCUAUUUCGCAUUUAUCAGGUCAUAUUGCGCACUCCAAAAAUAUUGCAGCUGCUGAUUGAGCUGGAUAACAGCACAGUGCAAAGCGUGUUGUGUGCACCCUUUAAAAGUUUCCUCGAGGAUUUAACAGGGCUCAAGCAAAUGGUUGAGCAGGUGGUAGAUUUUGAGGCCAUCGAGAAGGGCGAGUAUUUGGUCAAGGGUUCUUUUGACAGUCGUCUUAUGGAGCUGCAGCAAACCAUGGCUGAGUUAUACAAGAAAAUGGAACGUCUGCAGAGCAAAUGCAAUGAAGAACUCGAGCUGGACGGCAAGCUGCUCAAGCUGGAAAAUGUGGCAAAAUUGGGCUAUCAUUUUCGCAUCACACUCAAAGAUGAUUCGGUGCUGCGUAAGAAUAAAAACUAUCGCAUUGUGGAUGUGAUCAAGGGCGGCGUGCGUUUCACCUCCGACAAGCUAGAAGGCUAUGCCGAUGAGUUUGCUAGCUGCCGUACUCGCUACGAGGAGCAGCAGCAGUCCAUUGUUGAGGAGAUUAUCCAGGUGGCAGUGGGUUAUGCGGCGCCAUUAACUUCACUAAACAAUGAACUCGCCCAGCUGGAUUGCCUGGUUAGUUUUGCCAACGCUGCUCGAAGUGCUCCGACGCCAUAUGUGCGUCCCAAGAUGCUGCCCGAAGGCGCCGGUCAGCUGCAGCUUGAUGAUGUGCGACAUCCAUGCCUGGAGCUACAGGAGCAUGUCAGCUUUAUAGCCAACAGUGUCGAGUUUGAAAAGGAUAAAUGUAACAUGUUCAUCAUAACGGGUCCCAAUAUGGGCGGCAAAAGCACUUACAUACGUUCCGUGGGCACAGCUGUGUUAAUGGCACAUGUCGGUGCCUUUGUGCCCUGCAGCUUGGCCACCAUUAGCAUGGUGGACUCGAUAUUAGGCCGCGUUGGAGCCAGCGAUAACAUUAUCAAAGGCCUGAGCACAUUUAUGGUGGAAAUGAUUGAAACCUCUGGCAUUAUAAGGACUGCUACGGAUAAAUCUCUGGUAAUUAUUGAUGAACUCGGACGUGGAACGUCCACUUAUGAGGGCUGUGGUAUUGCCUGGUCUAUAGCUGAGCACCUAGCAAAGCAAACUAAGUGCUUCACACUUUUUGCCACGCAUUUCCAUGAAAUUACCAAAUUGGCUGAAACAUUGUCCACAGUGAAAAAUUGCCACAUGGCUGCUGUAGCCGAUGCGGACAACUUUACGCUACUUUAUCAAGUGCGACCUGGUGUCAUGGAGAAAAGUUUUGGCAUACAGGUGGCGCGUUUGGCUAAUUUUCCAGAGCAUGUGGUGCAGAAUGCCCAAGAGGUUUACAAUGAAUUUGAGGAUGAGCAUGCAGACAAGCAAAAUCAAACGGAUAAGGAUCUGCUCGAUAAGAUACAAGUGGCCAUAGAGCAGCUAUCGACUGCUGGCAAUAAUACCGAGAUCAAUGUGGAGGAUCUUACAACGUUGGUCGCACAAUUUGCAAAGGAUAUUAAACAGCUGGAUAGCGAUUACUUCAAAUCUGUGCUCAGCACCACCGAGGCUUAGUUUGAAAGCUAAAUAAAAUUGAAUCAAUUUGAGGGUUAAUCUUAAAUGUAUAGAAAUGCAUAUUCCAUCCAUUGAAAGUCGCUCAGUUUAUUAUUUUAACAUUUAUUGGUCUUUUUUCUUAUUAGCUGUAAAAGUUUCUUUUUUAUUAUUAAUAUUUUUGUGUACAUAUUGUAUCAGUUUUAAACCGUUUCUGUGUUAAACAUCGAAUUUGCAUACGAAGUGUUUUAAAUUUGCUAAUGAAAUUAUAAAAUAUUGUUCUAUUA